UUUAAACAGCGAUCGCAGCUCAACGGCUUCAGUCGACGUCGAUCGCUGCCAGUGUUGAGAAAGACAUCAAAUCAAAGUGCCACGAUGAGCAAAGCCGAGUGGGAGAACAACGAGGAAAUCAAAAUUUUCCGCGAAUAUCUACGCAUUCCAACAGUGCAUCCAAAUGUGGACUACACCGCAUGCACGGAAUUCUUGAAGCGUCAGGCCGCCAGCCUCGAUCUGCCCGUGGAAGUUGUUUAUCCUGUGAAUGAAGCCAAUCCCGUGGUGGUCAUGAAAUGGCUGGGCAAGCAACCAGAACUCCCUUCGAUCAUACUCAACUCGCACACAGAUGUGGUGCCCGUCUUUGAGGACAAGUGGACACAUGGACCUUUUAGUGCUGAUCUCGAUGAUGAGGGACGCAUCUUUGCCCGUGGAUCGCAGGACAUGAAGUGCGUGGGCACUCAGUAUCUGGGUGCAGUGCGUGCUCUCAAGGCAAGUGGCUUCCAGCCCAAGCGCACUGUGUACCUGACCUUUGUGCCGGAUGAGGAAGUUGGUGGAUAUUUGGGCAUGCGUGAGCUGGUCAAGGGAGAUUACUUCAAGAAACUCAAUGUGGGCUUUAGCUUUGACGAAGGCAUCUCAAGCGAGGAUGAGACUUAUGCUCUGUACUAUGCUGAGCGCACACUGUGGCAUCUCAAGUUCCAGUUCAGCGGCACUGCGGGACAUGGUUCGCUGCUGUUGCCCAACACCGCCGGACAGAAGCUCAACUACAUUGUGCACAAGAUGAUGGAGUUCCGUGACUCGCAAGUGAAGCGCCUCGAGGAAGAUCCCAAUCUUGAAAUUGGCGAUGUAACCACUGUAAAUCUGACCCGACUUGGCGGUGGCGUGCAGAACAAUGUUGUGCCUCCUCUGCUGGAAGUUACCUUUGACAUUCGCGUUGCAGUCACUUUGGAUUUGGUUGCCUUCGAGCAGCAAAUUCGUGAUUGGUGCAAGGAAGCUGGCGGCGGCAUUGAGCUGGUCUUUGAGAUGAAGAAUCCCUUCGUUGAACCCACCAAGAUCGAUGACACAAACCCCUUCUGGGUGGCCUUCAAGCAAUCUCUGGAUGAACUCGGUCUGAAGACUCGAGUGCGUGUUUUCCCUGGCGCCACGGACAGUCGUUAUGUGCGCUAUGCGGGAAUUCCCGCUUUAGGAUUCUCGCCCAUCAACAACACGCCUCUAUUACUGCACGAUCACGAUGAGUUUCUGCGGGCCAGCACUUAUCUGCAUGGCAUUGAGGUCUACAAGAAGCUGAUUUCAAAUGUUGCCAAUGUUUGAUCUAAAUCUCGCUGAACGAAUUGCAUUCGAUUGUUUACACUAAUAAAGUCUAUAUUUUUUACA